UUCUCAAAGAUAACGCCAAAAACAAGAAAAGAAAUAGUGUUUUGUUUGUCUUGUCACGAGGUCACGAUUUUAUUUACUAUAUAAACUUAGACAAGUUUGAGAUCCAUAGCUCCUAUUGCUCCUGAUAGAACAGACCAACAAUCUUGGUGAAAUCAUGAAGCUUCUUCUUCUUGUAGCUGCUGUAAUAGUUGCAGCCUCGGCCAAAGCCGUAUCAUUGAACGACUUAGUCAUAGAUCCAAACUGGAUUCAUACUCUGGGCAAAAAAGAGGAGAACUUCAACUUAGCGGAAAUCGUUGCCAACAUUGGAAAUGUCGUCCAUGUCAUUGACAGCUUUGUUUCAGGGGCAGCUGCCAAGAGAGAAGUCUGCUUCACCGUUCUUGGAGCUAAAGUUUGCACAGACCCAACCAUUAGCGGCAAGAGAGAGGAAAACAUCAACCUAGCCGAGAUUGUUGCCAAUAUUGGAAAGGUCGUCCAUGUCAUUGACGGAUUUGUCAGUGGAGUCACCGCCAGAGACGUUGAAAACAUCAACCUAGCUGAGAUUGUUGCCAACAUUGGAAAGGUCGUCCAUGUCAUUGACGGAUUUGUCAGUGGAGUCACCGCCAGAGACGUUGAAAACAUCAACCUAGCCGAAAUUGUUGCCAACAUUGGAAAGGUCGUCCAUGUUAUUGACGGAUUUGUCAGUGGAGUCACCGCCAGAGACGUUGAAAAUUUUAAUUUAUCUCAAAUCGUUGCCAACCUUGGAAACGUUAUCCACGUUAUUGACGGAUUUGUUUCUGGUGCAGUUGCCAAGAGAGAAGUCUGCUUCACCGUUCUUGGAGCUAAAGUUUGCACCGACCCAACCAUUAGCGGCAAGAGAGAGGAAAACAUCAACCUAGCCGAGAUUGUUGCCAACAUUGGAAAGGUCGUUCAUGUCAUUGAUGGAUUUGUCAGUGGAGUCACCGCCAGAGACGUUGAAAACAUCAACCUAGCAGAGAUUGUUGCCAACAUUGGAAAGGUCGUCCAUGUCAUUGACGGAUUUGUUAGUGGAGUCACCGCCAGAGACGUUGAAAACAUCAACCUAGCCGAGAUAGUUGCCAACAUUGGAAAGGUCGUCCAUGUCAUUGAAGGAUUUGUCAGUGGCACCACCACAGGGGCAAAGAGAGAGGAGCAAGAUAUCUGCCUAACAAUCUCUGGUAUAAAUGUAUGUGUCUAAACAGAAAUAAUGUCACACGUUGUAUUUGCAUUACUCAAUAAAUAGUAAAUUUGUUCUAUUAAACAACGAGACAAAAACAUU